UGAGAAAAGCCAUUUUGUUGUGCUAGCUAGCUAACUGGUAAAGACAGACACCAAUAUUAUGAAUCUGUUGUAUCAGUGCUAACUAUGUCGGUUUUAUGUUGUGGUUUACUUUCACAUAACACAGUAAUUGAUCUCGUGAACUCUAUAAGUAGUCGGCACUGACAUGGACUUGCCUAGAAAGCUAAGUGCUGCGAAUGAGACGAAAAGUGGUCGCUCAAGUGUGCUACAGUUUUAGAUAACAGUUAGCUAGCUGUCUGUUUACUUAGCUGUCGGUAGUUAUGUUUUCUCAUUAACUAACCUUAUGUUGGUCACUGUUUGCUUUACAUGUGUUUUAAAUAGGCUGCGAGUUUCUACGCUCUCAACCAAAGACGCCUGGUUCCACAAAGAGACUGUCUUGCUGACUGAAUAAACAGGCGACAAAAAAUCUAACCAGUAACUUAGCAAAACACUUGAUCCAUACAGCGUUAAGCCAAAGCGUUAAUCUGAUAAUGGCAGAGGACACCCGACAGGACAAGAGGGCCAGCUUCUCGGCUCUAACGGAACACGGCACCAACGGAAUGGCCAGGACGUCCUCUGUAGCGUCAAGCAAAACAGGCGCUUCAAAGAAAUUAGUGAUCAAGAAUUUCAAAGAUAGGCCAAAGCUAGCAGAGAACUAUACAGAAGACACAUGGCUGAAGCUUCGAGACGCAGUGGGUGCCAUCCAGAAUAGCACUUCCAUCAAGUACAAUCUGGAAGAGCUCUAUCAGGCGGUGGAGAACCUGUGUUCGUAUAAAGUGUCCCCCACAUUGUACAAGCAGCUACGGCAAGUCUGUGAAGAUCACGUGAAGGCCCAAAUUCACCAGUUUAGAGAAGAGUCUUUGGACAACCUUUCCUUCCUGAAGCGAAUGAAUCGCUGCUGGCAGGACCACUGCAGGCAAACUAUAAUGAUCCGAAGCAUCUUUCUCUUCCUGGAUCGUACCUAUGUGCUUCAGAACUCUCUGCUCCCCUCCAUUUGGGACACAGGGUUGGAACUGUUUCGCACCCAUAUUGUGAGCGAUGGUGCAGUUCAGAAGCGAACGGUCGAGGGGAUUUUGGAGCAGAUAGAACUGGAGAGGAAUGGAGAGACCGUUGACCGCAGUCUGCUCCGAAGUCUUCUUGGCAUGUUGUCAGACCUGCAGGUUUACAAAGACUCAUUUGAGGAAAGAUUUUUGACUGAGACCAAUCGCCUUUAUGCAGCUGAGGGACAGCGACUGAUGCAGGAAAGAGACGUACCUGAAUACCUGCAUCACGUGGCUCGCCGUUUAGAAGAAGAGAACGAUCGCAUUGUGAGCUACCUCGACCAGAGCACCCAGAAACCUCUGAUUAGCUGUGUUGAAAAACAACUUCUAGGAGAACAUAUGACUGCAAUACUACAAAAAGGUCUGAGCUGUCUGCUGGAUGAGAAUCGAGUUACCGAGCUGGCUCUACUUUACCAGCUCUUCAGCAAGGUGAAGGGAGGACUACCCACACUGCUGCAGUUCUGGAGGGAAUACAUCAAGUCAUUCGGUGGAGAGAUCGUCUGCACUCCGGAGAAAGACAAGGACAUGGUUCAAGAACUGCUGGACUUUAAGGACAAGAUGGACAAUGUGGCGCAGAGCUGCUUUGCACGGAACGAGGCUUUCAUUAAUGCCAUGAAGGAGGCCUUUGAAACUUUUAUCAACAAGAGACCCAACAAGCCCGCUGAGCUUAUUGCUAAGUAUGUGGAUUCUAAAUUAAGAGCUGGGAACAAGGAGGCAACGGAGGAGGAGCUGGAGAGAAUCCUGGACAAGAUAAUGAUUAUCUUCCGCUUCAUACACGGAAAAGAUGUGUUUGAAGCUUUUUACAAGAAGGACUUAGCCAAGCGUCUGCUGGUUGGGAAGAGUGCCUCUGUUGAUGCUGAGAAGUCCAUGCUCUCUAAACUCAAACAUGAAUGCGGAGCAGCAUUUACCAGUAAGCUUGAGGGGAUGUUUAAGGACAUGGAGCUGUCUAAAGACAUCAUGAUCCAAUUCAAACAGUAUAUGCAGAACCAGAGUGAGCCAAGCAACAUAGAACUCACUGUGAACAUUCUCACUAUGGGCUACUGGCCUUCAUACACACCUAUGGAAGUUCACUUGCCCUCAGAGAUGGUAAAGCUCCAGGAGGUGUUCAAGUUGUUCUACCUGGGAAAGCACAGUGGGAGGAAGCUGCAGUGGCAGCCCACACUGGGCCACGCUGUACUAAAGGCAGAGUUUAAAGAGGGGAAGAAAGAAGUGCAGGUUUCCCUCUUCCAGACGCUGGUGCUGCUCAUGUUUAAUGAAGGAGAAGAAUUCAGCAUGGAGGAGAUCCGCACCGCCACCGGCAUAGAGGAGGGAGAGCUCAGGCGCACAUUGCAGUCCCUGGCUUGUGGAAAAGCACGUGUGCUCAACAAGAACCCCCGAGGAAAAGAUGUGGAAGAUGGCGAUCGUUUUAAUUUCAACAAUGACUUUAAACACAAACUCUUCCGCAUCAAGAUCAACCAGAUUCAAAUGAAAGAAACGGUAGAGGAGCAGGUUAGCACCACAGAGCGAGUGUUUCAAGACAGGCAGUAUCAGAUUGAUGCUGCUGUUGUGCGCAUCAUGAAGAUGAGGAAGACCCUCAGUCACAAUUUACUAGUAUCAGAGCUGUACAACCAGUUGAAGUUCCCGGUCAAGCCUGGUGAUCUGAAGAAGAGGAUUGAGUCACUCAUAGACAGAGACUACAUGGAACGUGACAAGGAGACUCCUAACCAGUAUCACUAUGUUGCCUGAAGGAGCGCCACUGUCACCGCGUGCUUGUCUCACAGCAAGCGUACAGCUGGCCUCAAAACACAGGGUUACAGCCCCUCAGCCACCCGACUCUGGUGCCCAUCUUUCCCUCCAUCCACUAUCCUGGACACAAACUCCAGAUGACACAGAGAUCCAGAACAACGAGAGAGACUUGGCUGUGCUGUUCCCAUUCUGCAAUAUCUUUAGUGGGACUCUGAGACUGGGCUGGAGGAGUAGCCUGGGUUGUUGAUGGUUGGUUUACGUGACUUACAAAUCUGCUAAUGCAAAACUCAACGGAAAAUAACUAGCACUUUCCUCAGUUUUUUUUUCCCUUGGGAUUGUUUUUUUUCCCCCUUUUUAUCACGUUCUAAAUCACUUAUUUUCUACCAUAGCUGGUUCGUCAAGACUUUUAAGUUUGUUUUUUUGUGUUCUUUUGUUCAUUUGAGGAAUUCUCCCUUUGAAUGGCUGCACAAACUGCUGCGUGUUUGGUUGGUUGAUUGCUUGGCUGGGAAAGGAAGCAGCUACUGAGGACAAGAAGAGAGACAUGAGGCUUAAGGGGUGAAGUGGGGCAGAGAGGUUUGGUUAACUUUUAACACAAGAGGCUAAAUGACAUGCUUGCCAGCCACUUGGGUAUUACUUUUGGUAUCCUGUCUGUUUUGACCAAAAUGUCCAAUGUUAUGUGCUGAUGUUUUUGUAGAUCAGAUUGUAUUGUAUGUACGAGUGUGAAAAGUGCACCUGAAUAAAUGAAUAUUUAAUGA